GUCUCUAGACGCUCGUUUAUUAUUCACGCAUUAGACCAUAGAAAAGAGAUUAAUUGACCAUCAAUAGUGAAGACAUAAGCUAUUAGUCAACAGAUCACAGAAUUAUUUCUAUGACAAAUUUCGAAGUAUGAUUUGAACUAUUGAAAUUGAUGCAGUCCUGUAAACAUAUUUUUUGAUAGUAACACUUGUGAACUGGUGAUGGAUGAACAGGAAACAGAUACUGUCAUAGAUACAAGUGGUCGGGAACAAAUUGUUCGAGAUCUGCUUGGAAAUGAUGAGUUUCAAAGUGAAAUUGAUUCUGGAACUUCACCACCUCAACUUGAUUCUUUUCAAACACCAAAAUCAAUGGCUAAUACUGAUUAUACACUUACUAAUACUCCUGGUAUUAUUUUAUAUUUGUUCAUUCUAUAUAAAUUGUUCUAUAUUUUAAUGUUUAUUACAGAAAGUCAAAGACAAAGUGUAAUAACAGUACUACCAUGGGGAGCACAUAAAGAACGUUCUCCAUUUCCCAAUGUAGACACAAAUAUUAAACCAGGAGAAUAUGUGAUGCGUACAUUGUUUGCUGACUUUACUGUGCAGGCUGAACGAAAAAUGGAGGAAGUAAUGAUUGAACUAGAGAAACCAUUAAUGAAGAUUUUACAACGUGGUGAAGAUCCACAAUUUGAUCAAUUAUUGAUUGUAUUUGGAUCAGUUGCUGAACAUUGUUUACCUUCAAUAUUGAAAGCGCUUUUUGCUUGGUAUGUUCGGCAAAUUGGUGUAUUAGAUAUCAAUGCUACAGACUCAAAAAAAAUUGAACUAAAAGGAAAAAAUGAUACUAUUGAUAAUAAAGAAAUGGAAGUAAUAGGAGAACGAAGAGAUUUAGCUGUUGAAUUUAUAUUUUGUUUAGCAUUAAUCGAAGUAUUAAAACAACUACCAUUUCAUCCAGGACAUGAAGAUUUAGUUAUAUAUAUUGAAAAUUUGUGCUUUAAACAUUUUAAAUAUCGUGAAGGAGCACAGAGCUGUCCCAAUGCACCAAAUAUACAUAUGGUAGCUGAUUUGUAUGCAGAAGUUUUGGGUGUUUUGGCUCAGUCUCGAUUUUUAUCUGUGAGAAAACGAUUUAUGGCUGAAUUAAAAGAAUUAAGAGCUAAAGAACCAUCACCUCAUGUUAUACAAGCUAUAAUUUCAUUGUUAAUGGGAAUGAAAUUUUUUAGAAUUAAGAUGGUUCCUAUUGAAGAUUUUGAGGCUUCAUUUCAAUUUAUGCAAGAAUGUGCUCAAUAUUUUCUUGAAGUCAAAGAUAAAGAUGUAAAACAUUCAAUGGCUGGAUUAUUUGUUGAAAUUUUGUUACCUAUGGCUGGUAUUGUUAAAAAUGAAGUAAAUGUUCCUUGUUUGAAAAACUUUGUGGAAUCACUUUAUUCGACAACUUUAGACAUGUGUACUAAAUCAAAACAUAGAUUGUCAUUGUUUCCAUUAGUAACUUGUUUGCUAUGUGUUAGCCAAAAAAUAUUUUUCUUACAAAAUUGGCAUUACUUUUUAGCAAUGUGUUUAUCAAAUUUAAAGAAUAGAGAUCCAAAUAUGGCAAGAGUUGCCUUAGAGGCACUUUAUCGGCUAUUAUGGGUUUACAUGGUAAGAAUAAAAUGUGAAAGUAAUUCUGCAACUCAAUCUCGUUUACAAAGUAUAGUAAAUUCAUUGUUUCCUAAAGGAACAAAAGCUGUUGUACCCCGCGAUACACCUUUGAAUAUAUUUGUUAAAAUUAUACAAUUUAUUGCUCAGGAACGUUUGGAUUUUGCUAUGCGAGAAAUAGUUUAUGAUUUAUUAGGUGUUGGACGAACAAUUAAAUUAAUUCUUACUCCUGAACGAAUGAGUAUUGGUCUUAGAGCUUUUCUUGUUGUAGCUGAUAGUCUUGAACAAAAGGAAGGUGAACCACCAAUGCCAGGUACUUCAGGGGUAUUACCUUCUGGUAGUACACUUCGUGUUAAAAAAACAUUUUUGAAUAAGAUGCUAACUGAGGAUACUGCAAGAAAUAUUGGUAUUCAUUCAUAUUUUCCUCAUGUGCGUCGAGUAUUUGUUGAAAUCUUAAAAGCAUUAGAUAUUCAUUAUGGAAGACCUUUGAUGAUGACUAGUACACAAAAUAUGAACAAAGAACCUGAUGAAAUGAUUACGGGCGAAAGAAAGCCUCGUAUUGAUCUAUUUCGAACAUGUGUUGCGGCUGUUCCACGAUUAAUACCUGAAACUAUGACUGGUGGUGCUGAUUUACGAGAUAUGUUGUCUCGCUUAACUGUGCAUAUGGAUGAGGAACUUCGAACUUUAGCAUAUCAGAGUCUUCAAACUUUGAUUAUAGAUUUUCCAGAAUGGCGGCAUGAUGUAAUUACUAGUUUUACUCAAUUUUUGGCUCGAGAUGUUCAAGAUACGUUUCCACAACUAGUUGACAAUGGUUUGCGUAUGUUAUUACAAUUAUUAACUUGCUGGAAAAAUAGUAUUACACCAGGAUUGAUUAAGAAUCAAACAGAAAAAAAUAAAAAAGUAGAUUUAGCUGAGAGUCAACAAAAAUCAAAAAAAGUUGAUUUUUCUCAAGUUGAAGCAUUUGCUUUAGUUAUGCUGUGUAAUUGUCGACUAAGUCCACGCCGCUUAUCUGCUCAUAUACUUCGAGAAAUAAAAUGUCUCAUGAAGAUAUUAGAUAAUAUUAAGGAAGAGUUGCCAGUUAUUGAUAUUAUUGAUAAAGCUUGCCCUCAAUUAAUUGAGAGAUGUCUUCCUAUGUUACCUUCUGCAGAAAAAUCAGCUGCGAUAAUGGCAUUUGCAGCAAAUUCAAUUGAUUUGCAAUGGAUUGUUGAUCGUAAUGCUCCUAUAUGGACAGCUGGAAUUCAAGAUGAUUCCAAUUCGACCAAAACUGCUUCUUCUUUAAGUUUAUUGGGUGGGACUGGAAAUAGUGAUCCUUGGGGAACAAUACUUUUUGGUAUUUUAUCCCAAAAUGUUAUUAUAAAACAAUGUCCUUCUGUUACUGCUCAGGCUUGGCCCUUGGUAUUUUCUAGAGUUCAAAAUCUUUUUACAGUAAUUGACCCUACGCCAGUUAGCGAUAAUAGAGCUUCAUUGUUAAGAAGCUCAGCUCCUCCAAGAAAACCUUUAACAGAACGAGAUCAAUAUUUGACUCUGUGGCGAUAUUAUGCAAUGUUUGCUAUGCGAGUUGUACCUCUUGCUCCAAAUCCAGUUAUACGAUGUGCUUCACCUGAUCUAAGUUUAAGUUCUUCACCUGAUAGUUUAACAACUGAACGAAAUGAUAGUAAAAGUGUUACUCCAACAGUUUUGUAUAAAUUAGUUGCUCCAUUAUUGAGAUGUGAAGUAGCUGAUGUUCGAGAUGCAGCUGUUUAUGCAAUGGGAACUAUAAAUCCUGAAGCAUUAAAAGAUCUAUUGGAAGAAUUAAUUGCUUACAUUAAAGAAGCUGUGGAUAGAAAACAGGAAAAUAUGAGAAGACGAAGAAGAAGAGAUGCAUUGCGUUUACAGUUAGUUAAGGUUUUUGAACUCAUUGCAGGAUAUGGAACAUUUGGUUGCAGUUCAUUUGUUCUAGAUAGAGAUACAUGUUCAUUACACCCAACAAUUGAAGAAUAUGUCGAUGGAGCUAGAAUCUGUUUAGAAUUAGAGUCAGAAAAAGACAGCCUUCGAGAAAUUAAGCUGCACUUCUGUAGAUUUGUUAUGAAGAUAAUAAAAAGUUUUGAACUGGAAAACUAUCGCACAUUGUUAAAACGUGAAUUAAGACAAAACCUUUUUACUCUUUUUUGUAAUUGGGCUGAACAUCUUGGUUCAUCAGCUAUAUCAACAAGUUUAUUAACAAUAGAUUUAGUUAAAGAUGAUUUACAAAUGGCAUCUUUACAAGCAGCCUGUGUAGUCCUUACUUGUGGACCUUGUUUUAAUCAUACUUUAGUUGAACCUGAUGGAUCUUUAUAUGCUUGGAUAGAUGUAUUACUGGCACAUCCUGAUAAACGAGUUCAUCAAUUAGCCUUGGAAACAGUUGUUUUGUUGUUGGAUUGUAAUCCUGAUUUAGGGGCUCUUCUAGACUGGGUUGUAGAUAGAUGCUAUACAGCUGCACCAUCUGUAGCAGAUGCAUGUUUUCAUGCACUUGGAAUAAUUUUCAGUACUAGAGAAUAUCCAUGUGAUCAUUAUACGGCAAUUAUUAACGUUACUUUGAUGAACACUGGUUGUCCUCGAUCAUCUGUACGAGAUACUGCUUUACAGUUAUUACAAGUCCUCGAUAAGAGAUUUUUUGGAUCUGGGUGUGUUGAACUUUUACCUCCAACAUUACCAUCUGAUUCCCCAGUUACAACACGUGAUGGACGCGAGAAAUCUGAUACCUUUGAUAAUGAAAAAAAUGCCGAGUUGGUUGAUGUACUUUUGUGCUCUACCUUUUGCCAAUCGCAAUUCAGUUUGUCGCAGCAACUUGCUCAAAUACAUCCUGAAUUAACAAUGCCAAUGUUUUCAGAAAUAACCUGCAGAUUUCAAACAGCAAGACCGGAAGUGCGACAGUUGCUAUUACAUUAUUUAGUUCCUUGGUUACAUAACAUGGAAUUAGUGGAUCCGAAUGUACCUCCUCCAAAUCCACUAUCGUAUUUCCAGUAUUAUCCUGCAGAAGAAGGCCAGUCAAAUUCUUGUCGCCGAGAAGGUUGGGGGUCAGUCGAGGCCACGGAAAUGGUGUUAAAUAAUUUAUUCUACAUUACAGCUAAGUUCGCUGAUGAACACCCAAAAGACAUUGAAGACGUAUGGUCAACACUUUGUUUAUGUUGGCCAAAUAAUUUGAAAGUUAUAAUUCGUUAUUUGGUCAUUAUGAGUGGUAUGGCUCCGCAUGAACUUUUACCAUAUGCCAAACGCGUAACGCUGUACCUAGCCCGGUCCAGGCCGGAUAGGCUGCUGGACGAGAUGAUGACUGAACUGCAGACGGUGGAAACGCUCAACUGUCUCAUCGAACGGAUGGAAACGCCGCCAUUCUACCGGUUGACAAGCAUGAGAAAAACUUCGGCAAUGGGACCAGCGUGCUCGAAUAACGCAACGUCUAGUGCCAACGGCUGCACGGGCACCGGUGCGUAUACGUUUGGCGGCGGAAGUGGCGUGGGUGGCGUUGGUGGUGUUGGCGGCUCGGCGGACAUGUUGCCCACGAACGUCAACGAAAACGAGACGGAACACACCACGUCUCAAGCGUCCGCGGGUAUGAUACACACGAAGAGGCACAGUGGCGAUGACCCGUCCAAAAUGGGAUCAUGUAAGUCAGAUUCUACAGUUAAAUCCAUUUUGAGGUUUCCUUCAAACCGUUCGAGUUCUAAAUGGCAACGAACAGUUGGCGCUCAGUUGGCGUUGAACAACGAAAUACCGAGUCCUGUAGAAGACGCAGAGAUGAAUUAUGACAGAUUAUCACCCAAUUACGAAGACUUUCCUCAACCUCACCCAUUACCAAUGCCCGAGUAUGGAGGUUAUUUUGCUCCUUUAAAAGAAUACCUUCCAAUUAAUAUUCCGUCCAGCAGUGGUUUCCAUAGAUGCAACAUUGCUGUUAUGUUGCUGAAAGAUUUACCAUCGGACUCAUUAGACAUUGACUGGUCUAUCCAUAUGCCAUUAAUGCUACACAUUGCAUUGCUAGGAAUGGAUCAUAGUCGUCCCUUGGUACACCAACACUGUAAACAGUUAUUGCUAAACCUUUUGCUAGUUUUAGCUAAUAACUCUGAUCAGCUAACUAUCGCUCAAGUCCUCCUGAAUCGAAACACAAUGCGCCUCGGUAUUGGGCUACCAACACCACCAGUGCCUGUUUCCCAGCAUAACUUCACAGAAGCCAAUGAAUCUUUUGACAGUUACUUGCAAGUACCUAUCGGAACUAGUUGUUCUCAAUCUACUAGUUUGGUCGUCAUACCUUCUCCUUGUGAAGACGAUGCUUCGACAGUAAUAUUAGGAAUGGAUCAAUUAAAUCCAUCUACACCAAAUUUGACCAUUAAAGAAAUAGUUAAAUCGCUCAUUGAUUUCAUUGCUUCAAGGGGAGAUCAACCACUGUGGCACUACGAAGAUAUAACUGCCAAAGUAUGGUCCAUUCGUAGCGGAGAACAGUUGGACGUAUUUCUUCAGCAUAUUGUCAGAGUGUUUCAUGAGUUUUUGCCCCAUGCUUUAAUUAGCGAACGAUGGGCACAAACAGCUAUUCAAUUGGGACUUUCCUGUUCUUCAAGACAUUAUGCCGGACGAUCACUACAGAUUUUCCGAGCAUUACGUAUUCCGAUCACCACAAGAAUGCUUUCAGAAAUAUUAUCGAGAUUAAUUGAAACCGUCGCCGAACAAGGUGAAGAUAUGCAGGGUUAUGUGACCGAGUUACUGUUGACUCUGGAAGCAGCCGUGGAUUCGCUAGAAACGGACUUCCGGCCUUUGGACAUGACUCGAGACAUUUUCAAGUCUACCCCAAAUUUGAACAACAAAGAUACAAGUUCAAUUGUCGAGGGUAGUAAACGGUCGGUCGCGCAAAAGGCGCCGGUCAACCGGCGGAUGCCACCGUCGUACUUCAAUCAGGCGUCGCACUUCCGGAGCACCAGCUACUCCGUGUCGCAUUAUUCGCGAAAGGCGGUACCGUACUCGCAGUCCGCGGCAACCGAUUCCAAGGACGACGACCGCGGUGGCGGUGGUAAAGGUAACUGCAACGCUACGCAGCAAAACCUCAAGCUGCUCGGCGACUCUGCCACGCAGGACGAUAAGCUCACUGUGCUCGGGCAGUUGUUCUGGCUAGCCGUAUCGCUGCUGGAGUCAGACUACGAGCACGAGUUCUUGCUCGCCUGUCGGCUACUGUCGCGCGUGCUCAGGAGACUGCCGCUGGACCGGCCCGACACUCGGGACAAGGUGGACAAGCUAGCCAUCCAGCUGCGCACGCCAUCGUUCCCGGGCGUGCACGCGCUCUUGCUCAAGGGUUGCACGAACCCGGUGACGUACGAGCACGUAGUUCCACUGUUGUCGCAGCUCACACCGCUUCUGGACCUCCUAGUGGUUGACCCGUCCGAGAGCCUAGCGUUCCCCAUGAACGUGGUCGCGCUGCUGCCGUACAUGCUGCUGCACUACGAGGACGCCAACGAGCUGUGCAUCAUGAGCGCGGAGAAUAUUGCGCAGCUAUGCACCAAUAAAAGCAUGAAGCUGGAAAACUUGGCCACGGUCAUGACGUUGUACAGCCGACGCACGUUCAGUAAGGAGAGCUUCCAGUGGACCAAAUGCGUGGUCAAAUAUCUGUAUGACGCGUAUUCGCACCUCAGUCACAACAUGCUCGCGUUUCUAGUUGAGGUACUGGAGAGAGGACCCUAUAUUAUUCAACUUCCAGUAUUAAACAUUAUUCAUUGCAUGUUGCACUACGUGGACCUGUCGUCGACCACUUCGCAACCAUUCAACGCCGAUUUGCUGAGAGUAAUCGCGAAAUACAUCGAGGGUGUCAACUACAAGGAAGCAUUGAAAGUUUUGAAAUUGGUUGUCACCCGCUCUUCCACAUUAGUCGCUCCACCAACGUCAACUCAUUAUAUUUACUGGGACUCACACCCCACGGCUUCUCAUUAUUCAUUUGCCGACAUCGAUGUAUUCAUGAAAAAGGAAUUGCCGGGAAGGACUAUGGAUUUUACGUUCGACAUGUCCCAAACACCUUUAAUCGGCCGAAAAGUAGCAACAGGAGCUAUUGCCGACUUGGAAUCCAUCAACUCGAACAAUGUACUUCUGCAGAGACGAUCCACUUCUUUGUCGCCUUCUGACUCAGCCGUUCCUGGAUGGAAAAGACCGUGGCUUUGUCAAAGUCGAGUACGAGAUUUACUAGUUAGCUUAUUGAUGACAUGCGGACAACGAGUCGGGUUACCCAAGAGCCCUUCGGACGACUUAAACACACUGAAUAAGGUCAUAUUCAGCCAGAGCUCCGAGCUGCUCGAACGCCAUUCGAGUAUGGCCAGCAGUACCGAAGAAGUGUCGGCACCGGACGUGUCUAUACCCAGCGAUUCCAGGAAAGAACGUGAGGAAAACGCCGACCAUUUUGGCACAGUCUUCAAGGACUUUGAUUUCCUCGAAUACGAGAGCGAAAGCGUCGAAGGCGAGAGCACGGACAAUUUCAACUGGGGCGUUAGACGGUUGCCGCUGGGCGGUAACGACACGGCUGCCGUGCAAGGGUCACUGAAUGCAACAGGCGUCUCGCACGUAGAAGAGAGCGUCAGCGAGCAAUCGCCAAUGCUGCGCGCAAAAAAAGCCAACGACGAAUCGUCGGACGACGAGUUAGGUUCCGUGUCGCCCCUGGACGAAGUAGCCGCGUGCAACGCACAGCUCAUGCCCAACACUUGCAGCGGCCACCGCGAUCGUACCGACUCGAUUACACGUUCGGACACGUCCGGUUCGAGUAUCGGCGAUCUUGGCGAUCUAACCCCGUGCAAUGCCUCGCCCAACCCGAACGCACUCAUGUCGUUCCAGCGAGACGAUACGGAAGAAUGUUGGAGGGCAACCGUGCGGUCGCUGUUGGACCAGACACCUUCCAAUACGCUGCACAUGUUUCACAUACUGCACAGAGUGGUAAAAGAUAUCAUAAGAAAAUGCGUGUGGCUAACUCGCGAAGCUUGCGUGACCCUGAACGAGUACGUGGAAGAAGACCCAGCCACGACCGGAUGUUGUGCUCAGAGCCACGCGAACUGCAGACAAGUGUUGACCCAUCUCAACUCGGUCAUUAUAGUGUUGACCACGCACGCCGACCCACCGCUCGUAUGGUUCUCACCCACCGCUCUAAAGUUGGACGGUGCUUUGCGAUUCCCUAUGCUUCAUAUACGUGAACACAUUGAUACGCUGUUGGACCGAAAAGAUCAAACUUCCGAGUGUUUGUUUUCUGUGCGGACCACGCUUAAAGUGUGUAAACUUAGCGAACGUAUCCUUGAAGGAUCGAGCACGAGCAGUAACGGCGGUGGUGGUGGAGGCAGUGGCAGCGGUUACAUGAACGAGGAAUCCAUUUUAGACUUGGGCAGAGCCCUGUACAAGCUGCACUUGCAGUUGUUAUUGCUGUUGGAAGCUGUUGCAAAAAUGUACAUCACACUGUCUAACUCGGCCGGGGACAUCAAACUUCAAAACUUGUCGGCCGAAGUAAGCACCGUGAGAAGAGCUCUGUUACGGGCCAAAGAGGAGAGCGGGACACAUCCACUGGCGCCCACGCCUGAAGAGAGUUUAGUCCAAAUACUACAGGAAUCAGAUUGGCCAAACGCAUUGACUUAUGCCAAGCAAAACAAGAGUUGCCAUUGGCCAAGCGAACUGAUAUCCACGGGAACAGAGGACGAUGAUAUUACUAGUAUAUUGAGCGUAUACUGCCAUCUUCUUAUCGAAAAACACAAUGACGGAUUUAUUGUGACCGAAGAGGAUUUAGAAAGCGUCACCAAUGGACUAAUGGCCGAACUCUUUCCUAUGUUGGAAGCAUUAAACAGUAUUGAAACUCGCAUUAAAGGGCCAAAGACGUUAAACUAUCCUCAAAACUAAUUAAUCAUAUCAAAUACUAUUUUUUUAUAAUCAACUUUAAUUUUAUAAUGGGCACAUUUUUUUUUUUUU